AUGGAACCAGACGAGGCCACCGACGACGGAACCCAUGAUUCGACGCCCCGUCGAUUGAGUUGGUACAGAAGGGAAACCCACGACUAUUACCGUUAUGGGGUGGACGACGAUGGGAUUAUCCAGAAGAUUGUCGAUAAUCCUAAUUCCAAUGCGGAAGAGGUGAACACGCGAGGGCGGGCAAAAACGCCCCCACCCCAGAAGGGAGCCCUCAAACAACGGGACGAGAAACAUGCUAGCUCCGCCACAGCUGGCGAAGUAAGAGGAGCUACACCCGUUACUUUCAAAUUUUCUGCACCUGCCCCGAAAUACUUUUUGAAGGGAUCAAAACGUGCAAGCGGCGAUAGCUAUGGACCGACAAAACUACAGACCACUCCGUUUAGGUCACAUACAAGCGAUAACGAGCUUGCCUCGUUUUUGUGUGAAAGAGAAAGGAAGGAAUCUAAUGGGCACUCCAACCAACCAAUCUAA